AUGACGCAGCCUUUGCGAGUUGCCGUUUGCGGCGGUGGUAUCGGCGGUCUCUUUCUCACUCUGGUGUUGAAGAAAUACGCCGGUUCGAAGAGCCUGCUUGUCGACGUGUAUGAAGCAGAGUCCUCUUAUGCCGAAAUUGGUGCCGGCAUCACAGUAUGGGGCAGGACUCGAAGUGUGAUGGAGACACUCGAGUUGGGCGAGGCGUUGGCGAAGUGGCCGGACGUGCCGUCCAUAACUUUUAGGAAGAGUGAUACGCAGGAGUCCUUUGAGUUCCAUAACCACUUUAUCCCAAAUGGAAAGGCUCUUCCGAGGACAGAAAUGCUGAAGCUCUUGGUGAACAACCUGCCCCCAGAGGACCCUUCUUUUCUGACCAAGCACUUCAAUAAACGCUUGACUUCGUACGAACAAGACGCGGACGGUGUGACACUUCACUUUGCAGACGGCUCUGUGGCGCAAGCAGAUAUCCUCGUUGGCGCUGACGGCGUAGGUUCUGCUACACGUAAGAAGAUGUACAGCGACCUUGCGGGCCGCGUGCGCUCUACGGACGCGAAGAGAGCUGAAGAGUUGACGAAUUUUAUCCCACCAAGCUGGACGGGGACAGGAGUAACAUCGUGGACUGGUAAAGACAAGCAUGUCAUAACAUACCCAAUAUCUGCGACUCUCAUCAACGUCCUCUUUUUCGAGACUAUUCCAGGUGGCUUGGGAACACCAUUGACAGGCCCUACUGUAUCAACCGCGUCGAGAGAAGAAGUGAUCAACCUGUACAAGGACUGGGAACCAGAACUUCGCAUCAUCACAGAGGUCGUUGGAGAAACAUCGAAGUGGGCGAUUAGCCAGAUCCAAGGUUUGCCGAGCUACGUCGACGGGCGCGUUGCCCUCCUGGGAGAUUCGGCACAUGCCAUGACCACUCAUUUCGGCGCAGGUGCAGGACAGGCAAUCGAGGACGCGUACAUCCUUGGCCGUUUGCUAGCGCAGCCUGCCACAAACCUGUCGAACGUCAAAGACGCGCUGCGCAUCUACGACGCCAUCCGCCGGCCGAUAGCGAGCGAGAUCGUUGAGCGGUCUCUGAAGAUGGGCUUCCUCUACGAAUUGUCCACAGACGGCUUGCCUCCGGGCACAGACGCGGCGAAGGUGCAUGCUGGCGACCGGGACGAGCUACAGAAGGUGAUAAAGGUGAUGACAGACCUCUGGACAUGGCACAGUGCUAGCAUGCCGGAAGAGGAUUGGCUGCGGGCACAAGAGAAACUCCGAACCGCGUAGAGGCGUUUCAGAGUGCCUGGGUUAGAAAUGUGUGUGUUGUGCGAAUUAUU